AUGGUACUCCUCGCAGCCCUCGCGCUACUGGCCGCUUCCACGACCGUUCUCGGGGACGCCACCGCGCGGGGCUCGGAAGCGGCAUGCAAGCAGUUCUCGCCGAGCAACAUCCAGGAUGUCGCGCUCACAGCGGCGACGUACUUUCCCGCGAACGCACGCGUCGACAUCACCAACGUCUUUUCUAGCAUCAACACGACGGACCUUCCCGCGUUUUGCCGCGUCGAGUUGAAGAUCACGACGAACGCGACUGCCGGCUCCUAUGCGAUCACCGAAGUGUGGCUUCCGGACGCCUGGAACGGUCGUACGCUUACCGUCGGGAACGGUGGGCUGGGCGGAGGAGUGACCGUCUCUGACCUUGGCGGAGUCGCCGUUCCCCAGGGGUUCGCAGGAAUCUCUACGAACACGGGCCAUAAUUCGACCUCCGGUGACGGCAGCUGGGGCGGUCCGCACAACGAUAACGCAAUUGUCGACUGGGGCUGGCGAGCUGUGCAUCUGAGCGUUGUAGCAGGCAAAGAAAUCGCCAAACAGUACUAUCGCCAAGCUCCGAAAAGAUCGUACUAUGCCGGAUGCUCUACAGGUGGACGCCAAGGACUGAAGGAGAUCCAGAUAUUCCCAGACAGUUUUGAUGGGAUCGUUGUGGGCUCCCCCGCCAACUGGAUGUCCCAUUUGCAGCCCUGGUCCGUCCACAUGAGCCUGAACGUCCUCCCGGCAAACUCGUUGUGCUUCAUUCCCCAAAGCACCUGGGAUAACGUGAUCGGACCAGAAGUCAUGCGGCAGUGCGAUGCUCUGGACGGGCUCUUAGACGGAAUCAUCAACGACCCCCGCGCAUGCAGCUUCCGCCCGGAGGCGCUCACCUGCACCCCGGGCCAAAAUAUGUCGACUUGUCUGACUGAAGACCAGAUCGGCGCACUUCACCGGAUCUUCGCGGACUACUAUGAGGCAGACCAGACGUACAUCUUCGGCGGGUACCAGCCCGGAGGGGAGAAGGCGUACGCGACAGGCCUCGUGGGCAACCCGCCGUUCCCGCUGCCCCAAGACUGGUUCCGGUUCUUUGUGCUCAACGACACACAAUGGACGCAGGACGAGUACAAUGCGAGCAUAAUCACGCUCGGCGAGCAGCUCAACCCGGGGCAGUCCGAUGCGAUCACCCCGAACCUGACGGCGUUCGCAGACGCGCCGCACAACGGGAAGGUGCUGCACUACGUCGGCUGGGCGGACCAGCUGAUCAGCCCGGGGAACAGCGUGCACUACUACGAAACCGUGCACGCGUUCGCGCGCGCGAACACCUCGCUCGCCGUCGACGACUUCUACCGCCUUUUCCCCGUACCCGGCAUGAACCACUGUGGUGUACGCCGCAUGUUGCGCUCUAACGCUGAUGUGGGCGGACAAGCGGCGAACGCGUUCGGCGCCGUGAUGCAGCCGCAGCCGCUCUCGCACGACGCCGAGCACAACAUCCUCGCCGCGUUGUUGCGCUGGGUUGAAGACGGCGUGGCACCGUCGGCCAUCGUCGGUGUCAAAUACAAAAACGACGUGCCAUCGGACGGUGUCGCGUUCACCAGACCGAUAUGCAAGUACCCAUCGACGGUGCGCUUCCGAGGAGGAGACCCAAGCAGCGCGAAAAGCUUCUUCUGUGCGUGA